AUGGCUGCUAUCCACAAAGGGGACUACAAUUUCUCGGAACGGCGACAGCAGUUCGAGCAAAACAAACCGACUGGGGGUCUGCGAUCGUUUCUCCACAGGCGCAACAACUCGGACGGCGUCAACCUCUUCUCCACCUCACCCAAAAAUACUCCUUUGGCGAGCAAUCAGGGACACCAGGGAAGUCGUAGCGGCGAGGACCAUCAGCCAACCGCCAUGGCAUUCCCGAAGCUCACAGUUGGCACCGAAACUCCUGAGCCGCGGCACUCACCAACCAGGGCAAAUCGAGAAGGCGCCGAUACAAACACCAACUCGAACGACAGACUGCAGCCCCCAGCAUCUCCCACCAAAUCUGGACUGGGUACUUUCUCUUCGAGGUUCUCCAAGGACAAAGGCACCAGAGACGCUUCGCCACCCAAGAAGACCCGGUCUUCAACUAACAUUGUUGGCCUGCUGUCUCGCCCAAGGUCGAACAAGAACCUGAAGUUGGACUUGGAGCAACAAGUCAAGAACAAGGAAAACAGGAAGCCGUCAGAUCCGAGCGCAGCCGACUCUCCCCAAACUCCAAUCUUCGCCCAGAUGCGCAGCAGAGGCUUCGGUCAAGCAGUUUCGGUCCCCAGCUCCCCCUACGAGUCGCCUGCCGACCCCUUCACCUCGACUAGUCUGCUGAACCUCAACCAUUCACUUCGUCCAUCCCAAUCAAACGUGGCACCUGGACAGAAGCAGAGACCUAAGUCGUUUCAGCCUCAGUACCUCUCUAAGCCCGAUACCGCCCAGAUGGAUGACAAGAAGGAGAGCCGUGGACGGAUGAGACACGAUGAGCCCAAUGAUGGCAAUCGCGACUCGACACGGAAAGGACGCUCCAAAUCGCGCAACAGAGUCUUGUCGGCCCUGACAACAAGAGGAGGACGGAAGUCGAAGUCACCCUCACCGCCAUCCCAGGACGCGAGCGAGCCAUAUAUCGACCCCAAAGAAAUUGACAAGCACCUGGAGGCUAUGCUUGACCGGCGGAACAUCCCAGAGAAUCAGAGACACAAGAUGCGAAGUCUGACCGAUACGAUCAAGAUGGAAUUCAUCAGGCAGGAUUGGGCGGAGAAUGAGGGGAAGAAUCUGGUCAGGCCACAGACCAACGAUAGUGACGACUCUACUUCGGUUACCGGCAAUACAUCUGUGCAUGACAAUGAUAAAAAGCAGUCGCGUGGGAGGAGCUUCACGCUUUCACGAAACAGCUGGAAGCUUGGGACCUCGCCGUCCAAGGGCAAAAAGAAGGACGCUUCGAUCCGAGGACACACCCGGAAUAAGUCGGCGGACAGUACCAUCAGUGAAAGGCCUUCCUCUUCGGGCGGCUCGUAUGCUGGCAAUGGAAUCAUUGCGAAGAUCACCGGCCAGCAACCCUCUGAUUUUGUGAACUAUCUGCGCAAGGUUCAGAAGCCAGAGUCCGUGGAGGUUGGCAAGCUUCACAAACUGCGCCUGCUGCUCCGAAACGAGCGGGUCGCGUGGACCGAAGAUUUCGUGAAACAAGGUGGUAUGCAGGAAAUCGUCGGUCUACUUCACCGGAUCAUGGCAGUUGAGUGGAGGGAGGAACAUGAGGACGCUUUACUCCAUGAGAACCUGCUUUGCCUAAAGGCACUGUGCACAACCGCUUUGGCCUUGCAGUAUCUCCACUCCAUUCAAGACACCCUCUUCCCUGCUCUAAUCGGUAUGGUAUUUGAUCCGGAGAAGAAAGGUCCCAGCGAAUUCACCACACGAAACAUCAUUACAUCCGUGCUUUUCACCUACAUCCAAAGCGGCACCCCUCAGGAGAGGGUGACAAGGGCCAAGACUGUUCUGUCUUACCUCCGUGAUCCACAGGCCAAGGAGGAAGAACGGCCAGUUGAUUUUGUGCUCGGGAUGAGGCGAGAGCGGCCCUACCGCGUAUGGAACAAAGAGGUCGUCAAUGUCACGAAGGAAGUCUUCUGGAUCUUCCUUCAUCAACUCAACGUCGUCGCCUUGCCAGCAGGGCACAAGUCGUCCGAGGACAUCAGGACCACAGCCAACCAAACGGAUGCAGCCGCGCCUACCAGAACCGUACAAGGGACAAGCACAGCAACCAACACGGAUCCGUACGCCUACAUGAUUCGUCAUUUCCCACAGGAGCGGCCUCCUGUUCCAGCUGCCCCAUAUGUCGGUGGCGUCGAAUGGGAUGCUACGAAUUACCUAGCAUCGCAUUUGGACAUCAUCAAUGCCAUUCUGGCGUGUACGCCAACACAGGCCGAGAGAAAUGCUCUACGUGAGCAGUUCCGCAUCUCGGGCUGGGAGCGUUGCCUUGGAGGUAGCCUGCGCCUCUGCAAGGAGAAAUUUUAUCCUGCUGUGCACGAUGCUCUCCGCAACUGGGUUGCAGCGGCAGCGGAUGAUAGCUGGGACGUGAGAGAUGUACGAUUCGGCCCACCUGCCGAAUCACGCAGCUCAUCACCCAAGAAGCCUGCCGCUGGGGCCCCUGCAUCACCAAAGAAGAAAUUGUUAGAGGAGCCUCCACCACGAUUGGAGAUGCCGAAGCUGGACUUCAUGCUCGACGGGCCGCUAUCCGCUGCCCCCUAG